AUGGUAACUACGCGGCUUAAUGCAUUCCGGACAUUACCCGCGACCCGCGACCGCUUGACGCAGACCCGCCAUGAGUGCAAGGUCAUCCCGACAUCCUUAACCGACCAUAUCAAUAACCACAUCGACACGCGACACGAACUUCGAUCAGAUCAUAACAUUGCCACCAUGGCACGCGCGGCCGUCCUCCCACCGUCCCCCGUCAAACGGGGCACUCGGGCAGCGCCUCGAACAACCUUGAGCAAAACGGCUAAAACAAAGACAACCGAGGUCAAGAAACGAGCUCCCGUCCAAGCGUCCUCAGCAGCCUAUGACUCGGAUGACACAGAUGACGAACUGGGAAUGAUGAUGAAGGAACCAGAGCAGGUCCCUCGUCCGCGAGGUAGACCUGCUGGACGCUCAGCAACCAGAGCCACUGCCGCAUCUCGAGGCAAGAACGUGACGCCGGCCUCUGCUUCUGAGGUAUCCAAUGACCAAGUGACUAGCAAGGCCGAGCCCAGGAAACGCGUCGGAAGACCGAGAAAGACUCAACCCGCAGAGCCCGCCGCCAAGGUGGAGACUGCCCCCAAGCAACGUGGACGACCAAAGGCAGACACAACGAAGACCGGCACAGCGACGCGUAAAGCAACUCGAGCAGUGACUGAAGCGGAAGCAUCUGCCGAAGCUGCAGGCCCCAAGAACAUCUUCAUUUCAACCAAUUCCACGACAAUGCGCUCCAACCUAUUGCGCGGACCUGCAAAGAAGAAAACCGUCACCUUUGAAGACGUCUCGGACUCUGAAUUUGAGGACUUUGAGAAGCCCGCAGCGCCAGCCGUUGGACGUAGAAAGGCUCCCGCAAAGGCUACUGCUGGCAAGGCUGGUCUUAGAGCUACACCAGUGCGUAAUAAUGCUACAGGUACCGGCCGUGGGCGCAAACCUGCGACAGCUAAGAAAAAUGCAACAAAACCCCUUUCACCGAAGAAGGAUAAACAGGUGGCCAAGUCACUUUCUGCUUAUGUUAGCUCUGACGGUGAAGAGGAUGAAUUAAGCGCAGUUAAGAACGAUAUCAAGAGCCCAGUCAAGCUCGUUAUUCAUUCCCCUAUCAAGCAUGCCUCGGAACCCGCCGGCUUGAGCUCCCCUGUGCGCAAGAUCAAUUUCACCCCAAAGAAAGCUUCGAGCCUCGUUGAUGAGAAUGGCGAACCCAAGCUUCCAACACCAAAACACGGAUCAACAAACACUGGUUUAAGCUCACCAGUCCGACGAAUCAAUUUCACUCCCAAUCGCAGCCAACAGACUGUCACCGACAACGGCCACCUAGCGCUCCCUCCCGGAAAGGCCAUCGACUUCAGCGACUCGGUUUUCAUGUCCAGCCCUGCCAGACGACUGGAGCAAUCGUCACCAUUCAGAUUCUCAUUCAGAGACUCACUCAACCACGGUUCCAUCUUCCGAGAUGACUCGAACGCUACGCCAGCCUUUGACCUUUCGCAUGGACCGGCCUCACCAUUAAAGAUGUCCCCAAGAAAGGGUCAUUUGGGUGCCUCAUUUUCUCAACAGCCACCCAAGGAUACGACUCCAUCGUUCCAAGCUCGCUCUUCCUUCAUACAAAGUCCUGCUAAGAGAAUCCCGUCUCCCUUGAAAGGUUCUAUCUUUUCUGCCAAAUCUUCUGUGAAUGAGUCAGCCACACCAUCUGGCGACAACACCCUCAACACAUCUCUUUUUGGAUCCAUCAACAAGCGCCUAUCCUCCCACCAAGAGGAAGAGGAGCCGGCCGCGGACGAGGACCUUGAGAUGGUGGAGGAAGUUGCUCGUGAUAUCUUUGGUAUUGAGUUGCAGUCUUCCAGCAGAACUCCCACUCAGUCCCCCUCACCCCAACAAGUUCCAGAGACCGUGAAAGGUCCUGAAGACCCUGCCGCUGAAAACGCCGUUGCUGAGACUGCUGUGAUGAGCGAAGCAGAAGAAAUGGGUAUUGACGAGAAGAUCGAAGAAUUGCAAGAGGAAAUUCGCCGCGAGCCAGAUGAUUUCGGAACCUUCUGCUUUAAUACAAUGGAAGACCUACAAGAGCCAUUUAGAAACCUGCCCAUGGAGAACGACACUGGAUCUCAGGUGGAGUUCGACGAUGUCGAAUCUGUCAACCAAGUGGAUGAGAGCGACGGAGAUGACGAACUGGGAAUCGAUUUUGUGAUGCAAUCUACCGAGCCCGCCGACGAGCCGGCCCUUUCUUCGCCCGCGCAUGAAGUUGAGCACUUCGAGCGUGCUAGUUCCUCCGAGUCGCUGCUUGAUUUGGCUAUCUUUGAGGAAUCUGCUCUCGAAGGGCCAGAAUCCCCAACGCCCGUUCGACUAAAUCAUGAAAUAGAGGGUACUGAAAUCGCAGACCAGCAAGAAAUAGAGGAGGAAGAACCGGAAGAAGACGAUGAGCAAGAUGAUAUUGAUGAAGUUGCCAGCAUUAUUCACCACCCAUAUGACGAAAAUGACCCUGAGAGCGAAGAGGAUGAGGUGGUUCAAGAUGGGCAGACUCUUGCAUCGUCUGAGGCUCCUGUUGCAGACUUGCCCCAAUCUCAAUCACCUUACGAAUUAAAGGACCGCGAAGAAAGCCCGCUUUCAAGAAUGGGAUCUGUCACUCCACGGGCACCGACUUCAUCAGCAGUUGAGGCUACUCCUACUCCUUUGUCCCUGCAGAGAAGUGCCAAUUCUCACAGUCGGGUUUUCAAUAUCAAAAACAUCGAUGAGCGAAUGGACGCAAUGAACAGCCCCGAGGGGACAACUGAACUUGACAUUCCUACUCCCGCUCCACCAAGCCUCUCUGGGACUCCAAGUGUUAGAAGCCGGCGAAGUUCUGGGUUCAAUGUCAAACUGGGCUUCACGCCAUUGGCAAGCAAGCUCGGCCGCUGGGAAACCAAUACUUCAUCCCAAGAAAGAUCAGCACGUCCUCGUCGACGAGGCGUGUUCUCUCUUGUUGGCCCGUUGGAGCGAUCUGCUGAGACCCACAUUCCGGACGAAGGCGAUGUUUCUUACCCUGAUCUCUCGCGUCCCUCUCUUGCAAACACACCGCGUCUCUUCUCCGAGCUGCCUCUUCAGGACUACAAUGACGAUACCUGCUUGACUUCCGGGCCUGACUCGCCUGCAAAGUUCUCUUCCGCCCACGAGGACUAUGAUAUGAUUGAUUCACCCAGCAGAAGCGAUAUUUUCGAAGACCUCGAACCCGUCAUCCCUGAACACCUUCGACCUCGUGAAAGCUUAUCCCGAGCGCCGAUUGAUGACCAAGACGAGUCGGAGGAGGACAAAGAAAACUUUCUAGCCCCUUCGCCCUUGCCAGCCACCCCGAUGAAAGCGGCACCAGAGCACUUGCGCACCUUCCACACGGUGUCAAAGGUGCCUUUGAAAGGCGAGGGGGAAGUUUCUCCUUUGAAGAUACCUCGCAAGCGUGGUCAUUCACUUUCACACACCUCGCCUACUCGCUCGUCACCGCGGAUUCGCAACUCUAUCUUUCUCUCUCGCACUGACAGUGUCCCUACAUUUUCUCCCAGAAAGGAGGUACAGGUUCCCCGGAGCCCCAGUCCCAAGCGCCGCUGCAGCGAAUCUCGACGAUCUAGCUCAAGGGUUUCAUCUAUGGCUCCAUCCAGAAGCCCCUUAGUCGCGAGCAGUCCCGGAAAGUCCCCUCGCCGGAAGGCCAGCCCUAAAAAGCUAGCCCUUCGCGGUGCAGUGGUAUACGUCGAUGUUCACACUACCGAAGGUGAAGAUGCCUCCGGAAUCUUUAUUGAGCUUUUGCAACAGAUGGGAGCCCGUUGCUUCAAGUCGUGGUCUUGGAACCCCAGAGCUAGCAUGUCCCCUGUUGAUGGAGUGGACCCGGUAGCCAAGGUCGGCAUCACUCACGUCGUCUACAAGGAUGGCGGUCUGCGGACGUUGGAGAAGGUCAAGCAAGCUGCCGGCCUUGUCAAAUGCGUAGGUGUUGGCUGGGUUCUCGACUGCGAGAGAGAAGGCAAAUGGGUUGAUGAGACCCCCUAUGCCAUCGACCGCUCCAUCGUCCCCCGAGGUGGUGCCAAACGCCGUAAGAGCAUGGAGCCCCGUGCUUUGAGUAACGUCAAUGGCACCCUCGUGCGUGUCGCCGAGCCUUCCACCCCGUCUGCUAGCGGUCGUCGCUGCGGCGCUGACCGGGGUGCCAUCGAAGGAUUCCGCAAGAUUACACCCCCAACUCCUGUUGUUGAACCGUCUACCCCGACCCAGCAGUCCUCUGCUUAUCGCUCUCAUGUCCCGCAGACACCGGGCUAUAACUUUUCCAACCUGGAUGCCAUUGGAAUGUCUCCAGCUACCCCUUACUUCCUCUCAAACCGCACGAAACUCGUCCAGCAGUCGUGCCCACCCAAACAGAGUGGCCGUGGCUUGUUCCCGGAGAGAAAACCGACGCUGAGCUUUGAGGAAGAAGAUGACCAGGAGUCCAGACGCCAGCAACGCGCUCGCAUGGAGGCUGCGCGGCGCAAGAGUCAUUUCCACAAACCUGCUGUUGCAAGCCCACUUGCACGAUGA